GAUACGAACUUCAAACAACAAAGACUAAAAGCAUGGCAACCGAUUCUGACAGCCUCGACGGCACUGCCUUUGUUUUUCGUUAUCGGCGUUGUGUUUAUUCCAAUCGGAGCAGUUCUCUUAGUCACUUCUGACAAAGUAAGUACGAUCAGUCCAGUUGAAAUUAUUAUUUGGAAAUAUACUGUACUUGCAGUUGGCAAAAACGCAAAAUCAGUUGUCAUUAUUCUGAAUUCGUAGCCAAUAUUUGGUAAUUGAUGCAGGAGGUUGUUAAUGUGAGCUUAAGCUUUGUUUAUGCGACAACAUCAAAGUAAACUAUUAAAACCUGUGAUAUUUCUUUCCCUGCAUUUAGAAAGGUGUUACGCUAAUCAAGCGUUUACACGUACGUUACAUGUUUUAAUUUGUCUACUUUAAUACUAAAAUUAACCUCGUUGCUCGUUAAAAAAGACCGCAUAUGACAUUAUUCCGGUUCGUAAGUUCCCUUUCUCUGUUUUUUCUUAUUGCACCGUUUAUGCAUAUCAUCUACAUUAUUUGAAGCAAGAAAUUUUAAGGGAACAAAUUAUUUUUAAUUAAGAGCAUGUAUAAAAUAUAGAAAGAGUUGGUAUUUAUUCUUGUCUGAACAAAUCAUGUGCAUUCCUAAAAUGAAGAUUUACUUAAAUAACAAAGUUCUGUGUCCUGAAGUCCAAAUCCUAACCCUUUUUUGAUAAAAGAUGUUAGCUUUGCAAGGCCUCCAUCUACAUGGUAAACAAGCGUUGUUAGCCAAAUUGGACUUGCCUGUUAAAACAUUGUAUUUUUAAAAAAAACAAAUGAUUAAAUAAUUAAGUACUAAGAAAAAAAUAUGACACAGCCAUCCCCCAAAGGGCAGGUGAAUAGCGGUGGAUAUAUAGACACGAAGUGUCGAGGUAUAGAUCUAGUGCUAUGAACCGACCCUGAGGGGUAUAGUUGUUUUAGUAUGUACCAAAUCAGUUGGAUAAAAAUUAAAAUAGGAUUUUUCUGUAAAUAAAAGACGUCCCUUAGUUAGAGUUUGUUUAUGUUUCAAUUGACAGUGUUUCAGGGAUUAUUUUUUAUGAUUUUGUUGCAAAUUCAGUUAGAAAAUUUUUUCCUAUCAACCUGUAAACACCAGCAAGCCAAAUUUUGUCUCUUUCUUGGUAUUUGUUGGUACAGCUGCCUCAUUUACCGCUAAAAUUGCAUCUUUUGAAACUGUCGCAAAGCAAGACACCAUUUUGAAUCCCGUUCCAAAACAGUGAAUAUCCAAGGAAAUCUCGAGUUACGGGAGCUAAUCUGAACAUGCAAAAAUUCCUGUGCCCUGAUUUGGUGAAUACUAAAGAUCGAUAGAUCAAGGUUGUGCUAUACGAUUUCGAUACUAAAGCUGAGAUUUCCUAGUUGCCUAAUAGCAAAAGUAAGGUGCCAGGCUGGGGCCUCUGGGCAGUUCUAGAGCACAGCAACGCAUAUACAGUGUGCAAAACAUGGUACCCCUUUCAUAUACUCACAGAAGCAUUUUGUUUAAUGGGUCAGCCUGGCAUUAAUGUGACUCUUCCAGAUUCUUUGAUAGGCCCCUUGAACUACCCUAACCCUUUCCUGCCAUAAGCUUCUGGAAUCAUUACCAUUUUAGAUACCUCUAGCUUAAAAAACAUUCUUCAUUUGGGCACGGCAUCUCCUUUUACUCCAUUUUAGGAGAUGCAAAAAAGCACAGCAAGAUGACUGGUGUAAAUAUACCAAGAAAAAGAAAAGGCUCAAUCAUGAAUUUGUUCUUCGAAGAAGAAUAUUGUACAUGUAGUCUAAUAUUAUUGUACAUACACAGCUGCUGUGUCUGAUAAUUAUUUAAAUUUCACUGCUAGGUGCAAGAACAUACUGUAGAAUACACAGACUGUAAAGCUUCAGAUGGACAAAGAUGCGACCAAUUCCUUGAAAAUGUCACAAAUACUGGCAAGACCUGUACCUGUACAGUCAAGUUUAAUCUGACAGAAGAAUUUAAAGGCUCUGUCUUUAUAUAUUAUGGCUUAUCAAACUUCUAUCAGGUGUGAAAAAUAAUGUUUAAUAAUAAUUAUUGAUAGCUCACCAGUUUCUUUAAAGAUCUCAGUGGGCCCAGUAGUUCAAAGGCGGAUUAAAGGGAAAACUGAGGCUAAACUUUAAUACUGGUUCUUGUUUCUUUUGUUAAAAAGUCAUUUUCUCUGUUCAUUUUAAUUUGUCUUUUUUUUGAGUGUCCAAACAUCAAAUUGUGGGCAACAAGAGUGGAUAGACAUCUGCUUUGCAGGUGUUCAGAUUUGAAGCAGGGUGCAAAGAAAGUCAUUUUUACAGUUUGCCAUUCUGGCAAGCUGAAGCUAACAUUGACUAGCCCAAACAUCAUUUCAACCAGCCCCAAAAACAUUUUGAUGAGCAGAUUGAUCCCACAGUUCUUCUGUUAUUUGAAUUUUAACUUCACUUGCCCAUCAAGCAAGUAAAGAACAGAAUUCACUAGCCUGAUAGCAAAAUCCACUAGCCCUGGGCUAUUGGACAAUACUUUCUUUGCACGCUGUGAAGGCAAUUUUUGCUAUAACUCUGGGUUAUCAUAAUCCUGCUUUGAACAACUUGGCCCUGAAUUACAUCUAUAGAAAGAGAACUAAAGACAUCUUUACCAGCCAUUAUGUAUAUGUUGUAGGAACCGCUGUUGUCCUCUCAUUGGUGACAUGACCACAAUUAGCAAAAUGUUUCAAGUCUCUUUGUUUCAGACUUAUUAUCAUGCAUUAUCAUACCCUAAAACAAGUGAAAUUUAAACCAAGUCAGAAUAAAACUGGAUUGCAAUGGGAACAUUUUGGAAUAUUAUUUUUGUGACAUACUGUAAGAAUAGGGUGUGUUAAUAUUACUGUCAAACUGACAAAACUUACAAAACCAUUUAUUGUGUUGCAAGAAAUAAGCCAAUCAGCUGUGACAAAACUAAACCGCAAGCAAGAAUGUGAAUUAGUUUGUGGUUUUGUGGUUUGCUCACGUGUCUUACUCUUUGCUGUGAUUGGUCCCAACACAAUAAAACCAACUGAAAUAUUUCAAGUGUUCCUGAUUUUGUCGGUUUGACAGUAACAUUCACUGAAAAUUCUUCUGCAAUAGCACCAGGUGAGAACUUAGCCUUAAACAAACUGAGCUUGUUAGAGGUCUUUGCAGUUAGUACAGAGCCAUAAAUAUAUAUCAUUAGCCCAUAGAAGCGGAAAUGACAGUGGACCACAGCAGGUUCAUACUAGGAUCUUUAUUUGGGGUUGUGCUUAGACCGCAACGUGAUUUUGUUUCUCUGCAGAACCACCGGCGUUAUGUGAGGUCAAGAGAUGAUCUCCAGCUCCAUGGUGAACUAAAGAGUACAGUGUCAAGUGACUGUGAUCCAUUUAGCAAAGUAAAUGGCACUCCUAUUGCUCCUUGUGGUGCUAUUGCAAACAGUCUUUUUAACGGUAGGUUGUUUUAUACAUGUAUUUCUCUUUUACAUUACAAUCAUCAGUAUAACAGGGCCGACAGUGCUCUACAGUGGAUCCUCUAUAUAAUGAAGGGCCAAGGGACUGGCAAAAUUUGUGUGCUAUAACAAGGUUUCACGAUAUCAAGAUUCUUUUCUAUUAUUUUUCUAUUAGUGGGGUGAAGAAAAAUAAUUGUUUGUUAUACUGAAGGCUUCAUCUGAUCUUGGCUACAUGCCCUUUCCCAUCCCUGCAGCCAAAAAAUACCUCCAUAAGUCAGAAACACAACAAUUUAUUUCGUCAAUCACUGGAAACUGUGAUGGAUACUAGACAAGUAGCAAGCCUUAGCAGCCAUUAUGCUGGCGUUAUGCUCAAUGCUCCUAAUUCAAUUAUAAGGCGAAUACGGAACAUUCAUAGUAAUGUCUUGUUUCUUGUCGUUUUUAAUACAGACAGUUUUACACUCUCCUGGAAUAAGGAUUCUAAUACUCAAGUCCCUGUUGGCCUGACAUACGAGAAUAUCGCUUGGAAAUCUGACCGAGAAGUGAAGUUUAAGAAUCCCCCAGGAAACCUGAAGGAGGCUUUCAAGGACUUUGCUAAACCUCCAAACUGGCCAAGACCUGUGUAUGAGCUGGACGUUAACAACUCAGAUGAUAAUGGAUUUAAGAACCAAGACUUCAUUGUUUGGAUGAGGACUGCUGCAUUUUCAACAUUCCGCAAGCUUUACCGAAAGAUUAUCCUCACGGGCGAAUUUAAGAAUGGUCUGCCAAAGGGGGAAUACAUGCUUGAUAUCAAAUACAGUAUCCUCUUAUCCACCGAAUUGUUCUGUGGCAAAUAUUAAAUAAGAAAAAAGUUUUUUAAGUGCUUGAAUAUUUGAGUAUUUUUCUUUUUACAUGACCAGAAAAAAUUGAGUUUGGCUGGUAAAAUUGGUCAGCCAUGGCUAGUCACAGAACUGUUUGUUUAAAAAGGGAUUGAACAAAGAAGUAAAAACAUGUAAGCAGGCUGGAGCAUCUGUAAAGAGAAAGGAAAAAAGGGAAAAAUUACAUUUUCUGGUGUAGGUUUUUUUUUUCUUUCAUCUGGUUGUUUCUGAUUGCCCCAGAUUUUUUCAACUAAUGAAGGAAGAAUUGUCAAAGUAGACGUUUCCGAUCAUCUGAGAUGAACAGGAUCAGUCAGAGAAGCCAGGAGUUUUUCUGAUGUCUUUUCUGUUCGGUUUGAUCUGUCGCAGAUUUCACCCAUGGUGGGAUCUCCAAAGUUAUUGUCAUCUUUAAACUCAACUUUUUACUAUUCGUUAUCUUGGCAAUAAGUUAGCAAUAACUUUUGUAAAAAGGGAAGGAAAAGGUGCACAUGAGCCAAAGAAACAAACCACCGUCCAGAGCAUAUUCCAGUUUCCUUAGCAUAAAGCAUGUCUAGGAAUAUUAAUUGAUACUACCCCUUGGAAGGAAUGCUAGUCCAUUGCAAGGUUCCCCUCAGCAGUAUGUCAGCGGUACCCAUUUAUUCACCUGGGUGAAGAGAGACAAAGUGGAGUAAAGUUCCUUUUCUCCAGAUCUGCUCAGCCACACAUGCCCCCCUUUUUGUACUAGAAAAUAACCACAAGCACAUCUGGAGACAAUCCAGAGCUCGAAAAAAGUCCCAUCCAGUAGCCCGGAAUCAUUAGAUUUUCUUGCUGGGAAAGUACCUUUAAAAGCUCAAGGGUCCAGGCAAGCCAUCCUUUAAGUAAAUCAUUAACUAAGAUGAGUAAGAAGAGGUGUUGGGCAAGAAAGGUGUGAGAGCUGCUUGCCCAAAGAACAAGUUGGAGUUAAUUUAUUUUGAGCCUUGCAAUUUCUCAUGAUCUCUGGGGUUUUCUAAGAUUCAGCAGAAGAUCUGUCGCAGUCACAAAACAGCAAAAUCCUGAAUAUUACUGUACUUUAAGUUUUAUAAAUUAUUAAUUUUUGUUGCACCAAAAGUGAAGCAAACAGGUACACUGUCAUCAGUUAUGAUACAGGUGUCUCAUUCACGUUAUUAAAUGUCCUUUACUUGAGAACAAUAUGUGCAGACUUUCCUGUGACUUCAUUCGAUGGUAAGAAGCGAGUGAUUUUGAGUACAACAUCCUGGAUUGGUGGCAAGAAUCCUUUUCUUGGUAUUGCUUAUAUCACUGUUGGUGUUCUCUGUCUUGUGCUGGGAUUGGCUUUUCUGGUCAUACUCAAGUUUGGAAAAAGGUAA